AUGGAUCUCGCCCAAAUGUUGGUGCGCUCUUGCACGCGCUCGUUCUACGACACAAAACACAUCCUUGUGAUUGAUGCGCUCGUCAUCCAUUCCGCUUUGCGCGAUGAUGAUUUAGCAUACCUGAUGAGCAUAAAUACGAAAGAGCUUCAUAAGCUUUGCGGAAAAUUGAAGGAGGAUCGAUUCCUUGCAGUGCAUACCCGCCCAGAGAUCAGAGAAGGCCAGCAAAGACCAAUCAAUCGAACCUACUAUUAUAUCGACUAUCGUGCGACCAUCGAUGCGAUCAAAUGGAGAGUCUACCUGAUCGAUAAGGCGGUCCAAGGAAAUACUGUGCCGGAUGAUGAGAGAAAGGAAUACUUUUGCCCUCGAUGCAAAUCGGAAUGGACUAUGUUCGAGGUUUUGGACAAGAGAAAUUACGAAGGCUUUCUAUGUCACAAAUGCGACUAUCUUCUGGUACACGACCCCGACAACAAUCGUGGUGGACAUGAGCAGUCCUCGAAACUCAAUGCGCAAUUCAAGUUCAUCACCGACUUGCUCCCAAAAAUCGAUCAGGUGGUCAUCCCUGCAAACACCUUCGAACAGGCUUUAUCUUCAGCCCGCAAAGUACUUCGAGAUGAAGCUAAUCCCGGCAGCGAAACCGCGCCUGUCAAUCUCGCCUCGGAGAGACCUACUGCUGUUCGUGGUCUGGAUAACACUGGACCAACGUCUAUUUCGGUCACUUUGACGAAAGGAGAAGGACCUACUGCUGCAGACAUUGCUGCUGAACAAGCUCGCAAAGAAAAGACGGCUCUUCAGAACGCAUUACCGCAGCAUUUCACUCACAGUACCAUCACUGGAGAACAAGUCAAAUUUGGUAACCAGCCUACGGCCUCCACUGGCCCUACGGUGGAAACCAACAAGAAGGACAUCAAACCUGGUACCGAAGGCGCGGAUGGCGGAGCCGAAAUUGAUGAUUACUUUGCGCAACUGAAGGCUGCACAAGCCAAAGAAGCUGAAGAGGAACAAGACGAAGAAUUCGAAACCGACGACGAGGAAGAAGAAGGUUUCGAGGACGUCAUUCCCAAUGGUACCACAUCCGGUGCUGCCACUCCAGCUAGCUCAGUCGGAGGCACGGAAUCUAAGCCUAGCAUAACGAGUGGUAGUGGCCUCAGUGGUGUUCUGAAGCACUCGCGGCAUGAAAGUGUAUCCGCAAGUGGUACCAGUACAGGUGCAGGAAGUCCGGUAACAGGACCGAAUACACCGAAUGAGGAUAGACCAGCAAAGAGAGUUAGAAUUGAGGAACCAGCCCCAGUGGCACCGGCUAUAAAGGAUGAAGAGGAGAGUGAAGAGGACAUGGAGUUUGAAGACGUUUGA